AAAGGUGGGAGCUUUGUAGAGUGAGAGAGAUGGAGGGAGGUGAGAGGGAGGGAUCGGGUGGGGCGAGGUACACGCUAAGGCCGGAGAGGAUAGCCAACGAGGACAUACUGUUCUGCGUGGAUGUCGACCCGGAGUGUAUGUCGGAGAUGAAACCCGGCCCAAAUGGCCGAGCUUUGACCCGAUUGGACGCUAUCAAGCAAGCCAUUCUUAUCUUCAUCCACGCCAAGCUCACCAUCAAUCCUGAACACCGCUUCGCCUUCUCCGUUCUCGGCAAGUCUGCUUCUUGGAUUCGUAAAGAGUUUAGCAGUGAUGUUGAGUCUGCUAAGGCUGCAUUUCGAACGCUGUAUGCUACUUCAUCAUCUGGGAAUGCAGAUCUAACGAGUCUAUUUCGAAUAGCAGCUCAUGAAGCAAGGAAAUCUCGCGAGCAGAAAAGAAUAUUGAGGGUGAUUCUUAUCUACUGCCGAUCAUCGAUUCAACCACAUCAUCAGUGGCCUGUUAAUCAGAAAAUCUUCACUAUGGAUGUGGUUUACCUUCAUGACAAGCCUGGACCUGAAAACUGCCCCCAGCUGGUGUAUGAUAAACUUGUGGAAGCCCUUGAACAUGUUACUGAAUUUGAGGGCUACAUCUUGGAGAGCGGUCAGGGGUUAUCACGAACUCUUUUCCGUCUCCUCUGUAUCCUGCUGUCACAACCUCAGCAGCGUUGCUCGCAAGAUUACCUGGACAUUCCCAAGUCUCUCGCAAAAAGGUUACCAUCAGACUUGGCUCCCGGCGAUGAUAGUAUAACUGUAUCCAGCCAAUAAGAACAUCAGCAAUCAGGUUUCUGAGGUCUUGUAGCUUCCCAAGUCAUAAGUCUUAAUGUGUGUAGUUGCACUGAAACAUUUUUGAACAUCUUGUAUGUAUCUGACAGUUUGUAAUGAAUUUUUCUUAUGAGUCUA